CGCCGCUGUCGCAGCAGCAGCAGACUGCUGACAACUGUGCUGUGCUUUGAUGGAGAUCACAGAAACUGGAUGAUCGCUUUAUUUGUUCUUUUCUGAGUCGUGUGGAAAUCUAGGUCAGCGCUGCCACUAACUUGGAAAACAUGCGAUCGAGUAUUCGUUACAUUUCCAGCCGAGGAGGCUGCAGUUAGCACCGAGGCGCCAGUGUCGGUGACGCUAGCUGGGACAGAAAUAGAGCAGUAAGAGGCAUCCAGCUGUGGUUUUCGGACCUCUUUGUGUCCUGCAGCCUGUCUGGGAUGCAUCUCUCCAAGAAAUGUUCCGCCUUCAAAGUAGUGCUGAGCGCCCUGCUGAUAGUGGCGCUGCUGCAGCUCAUCUACCUGUCCUUCCUGUCCAAGUUUCACGGAAAGCAGCAGCGGUACCGAUACUCGGAGCUCUUCGGAGGCUCCGGGGCCAAGAAAAAUGCCCACCCGGAGAAAAACUCGCGGAAGGAGCGCCUGAGGUACUCACUGUCCACCGGCGGGAUCUUUGACAACAGCGGGCAGUACCGAGUGUACAAGAACUUGAUCAAAAGUGACUUCACCACGAAUGAGAAGCCGGGAUCUGACCCCAGCUCCAACAUCCUGGCUCUAGCUACACACACCACUAUCAACAACCUGCACUACCUGGAGUCCUUGCUGGAGAGGUGGCAGAACCCCAUCUCUGUGGCCAUAUUCGCUCACGGCCAAGAUGUGAAGUUUGCCACAGCUCUGGUGUAUGCGCUCAGCUUCUUCUGCCCUCACAUCCAAGCCCUGGUGGACUUCCACUUGGUUUGCCUCUCUGGAGAGAUGGCCAGCUUCCCGGAGCAGGACCGUGAGCAUUUUGCAGGUCUUGAGGACUGUGCCUCAGUGUUCUCCAGACUGGAGACUCACGGGGAGAAGUACAAGAACUAUGCCAUGAGCGGAAACAUCUCCUACCCCAACAACCUUCUUCGUAACAUCGCCAGAGGGGGCACGGAGUCCUCCUACAUCUUGGUCAUUGACAUGGACAUGAUGCCAAGCGCCGACCUGCAUGAGCAGUUCAUGGCCAUGAUCGCCAAGCGUGAGCCAGCGAGUGAUGAGGUCUUCGUCCUACCAGCUUUCGAGAUCCGCCACGCUAGGAAGAUGCCAGCCACCAAGGCAGAGCUGGUUCAGCUCUACCAGGUCGGUGAAGUCCGGCCCUUUUAUGAAGAGCUGUGUCCUCGUUGUCAGGCCCCCACCAACUACUCACAGUGGGUAAACAGCCACGUCAGAGAGACGGGAACCCUGGAAGUUGCCUACACGCUCACCUGGGUGGACCCCUGGGAGCCCUUUUAUAUCGGGCACCGCUCUGUGCCUCUCUACGAUGAGAACUUCAAGCAGUAUGGCUUCAAUCGUAUCAGCCAGGCCUGUGAGCUCCACGUGGCCGGAUACAGGUUCUCCGUCCUGAGCACUGCCUUUGUGGUGCACCGCGGCUUCAAGAUCCAGGGGGAGUUCCACGCUAGGAAAGACGAGGAGAACAAACGCAACCGGGUUCUGUUUCGCAACUUCAAAGAGGGCCUGAAGACCAAAUAUCCGUCCUCCGCCCGGCGCUGCUGAAAAAAAGA